AUGGACGUUGACUUUUUCAGCGGCGUGGCGCUCACAAAGGCGCUGCUGCCCGCCUGGGUCGCCGCGGGCCGCGGCCACGUGGUGCAGGUGUCCUCCGUGCAGGCCUUCCCGCGGCGGCCAGUGCUCAAGCUGGCGGAGCUCGAGGAGCUCUCUGCGCCGCCCGCCGCCCCGGCAGGAGGGCGGAGCGCCGCGGGGGGCGGCGGCCGCGGCGCCGGCGCCCGCGGCCGCACCCCGGGCCUGCCGGCGCCAUGCCCGCUGGGCGCAGCUACGAUGCAGGCCCCCGCGGCCAGCGCAGCCGGCGGCUUCACCACGGUCAUGCUGCGGCACGUGCCAGAGGCCGUCACCCAGGAGAGUCUCAUGCUCGAGCUUGACAAGGCGGGCUUCGCCUUCAUGUACGACUUCGUGCACCUCCGCUCGGACCUGCGGAGCCGGUUCAGCUCUGACCGCGGCAUGGCCUUCGUCAACUUCUUGACCCCACAGAUCGCUGGCGCAUUCUCCGAGGCGUUCCACGGCGCUUGCGAGGUGGGCGGACAUGCGCUGGAGGCUGGCUGCCUCGAGGUGCUCCCGGCGAAGAUCCAGGGCUUCGCGCUCAACGCGGCUCAACACCACUCGUCCGCCAGCGUCGCUCACCGGGGCUGCCGGAGGGCCCGCCCGGUCUUCCUGCCCAAGACUGCCGACGCGCACGCGCAACUCGAGAGACUCAGGUGGUCGCGCCCGCUGCAGCCCAGAGCUCUCGCAGACUGA